AUGAGCCCGAUUGACUCAACGAGCGCGUACCCCGCCAACCACGAUUCUUCACCAUCCCUCUCGCCCAUCAUGCCGCCUUCAGAACCCCUGCCAAAGCCCGACGAUAAGGAGCCUCGUCUCAUCGUUGUCUCGAACCGCUUGCCCGUGACGAUCAGCAAAGAUGACAACGGCGAAUAUACCUUCAAAAUGUCGUCUGGUGGCCUUGUCUCCGCAUUGUCUGGUUGCAAGAAGACCAUGUCAUUCACAUGGAUCGGCUGGCCAGGAAAGGACAUCCCUCUUCAGGACCGAGAAUACGUCAACCAACGUCUGUUGGAAGAGUACCAGUGUCUGCCUGUCUACCUCCCUGAUGAUGUGGCCGACCGACACUACAAUGGCUUCUCAAACUCCAUCCUCUGGCCCUUGUUCCACUAUCACCCGGGAGAGAUGAACUUUGACGCUUCGCAUUGGCUUGCAUAUCGUGAGGCGAACAUUCGCUUUGCCGACGUGGUUGCGGACUUCGUUCGCACUGGGGACGUCGUGUGGGUCCAAGACUACCACCUGAUGCUCUUGCCCAUGCUCCUCCGCUCCAUAAUCUCUGGGGAGUCCGCCCAGGGUGAGAUGACACGCCGUGAAAUGGGCCGUGUGAAGGACGGUGUCGAUGAUGCCGUUGUCCAGAAUGUGGGUAUGCAAAAGGGCGUGGUUCACGGUCUGGACGAGGGUGUGGAGAUGCUGGAGGAUGUAGAGGAAGACGGUGGCGAAGUCACAACCACUGGCGGUGGACGCGGAGUCUUGCCAGGAAUAAGCGCCUUCCAGAAACAAGAAAUUCGUGCUCGGCAACGCGGCAAGGGCAACAUUCGCAUUGGGUUCUUUCUUCACACGCCUUUCCCUUCCAGCGAGAUCUACAGGAUUCUGCCUGUCCGCCGCGAGAUUCUUUUGGGUGUUCUGCAGUGCGACCUUAUUGGCUUCCACACUUACGACUACGCUCGCCACUUCCUGUCGUCCUGCACUCGAAUCCUCGGGCUGGAGACUCAGCCGAACGGCAUCGAGUUUGAAGGUCGCUACGCUCAGGUGGGGACGUUCCCCAUUGGUAUCGACCCUUGGCAGUUUGUCGAGGGCCUCAAGAACUCCACCGUGCAGAAGCGGCUCAGUCAACUGGAGCGCCGUUUCGAUGAGUGUAGGGUUAUAAUCGGUGUUGACCGGCUUGACUACAUCAAAGGAAUUCCUCAAAAGCUCCAUGCCCUUGAAGUUUUCCUCACUCAACACCCCGAAUGGAUUGGAAAGGUCGUACUGAUUCAAUUGGCUAUCCCAUCGCGCCAGGAUGUUGAAGAGUACAUGAACCUGCGGUCAUGUGUCAACGAGCUUGUCGGCCGCAUCAACGGUCAAUUCAGCACGCCAACCUGGUCACCAAUCAUCUUUAUGCACCGCUCGGUCCCAGUUGAGGAAUUGACGGCCAUGUACGCCCUUGCGGACGUUUGUCUUGUCACCUCUACUCGGGACGGUAUGAACCUGGUCGCAUACGAGUACAUUUCGACGCAAGCUGAGAAGCACGGGUCCAUGAUUCUGUCCGAGUUUGCUGGCGCCUCUCAAAGUCUCGCUGGGUCCCUUAUCAUCAACCCUUGGGAUGUUGACUCCACGGCCAGUGCGAUCCACACUGCCUUGACUCUCAGUCCUGAGACAAGGGCACAAAACUGGACAAAACUGUUUGCUUAUGUCUCCAACUUCACGGCACAGUCGUGGGGACUGUCAUUCCUCAAUGAGCUCAACCGCUCGACCGGUCGGCCCCCAGCUGGUCCCCUACUGGGUGGCCGACGCAAGUCCGGUUCUAGUCUUAGUCGCACAAGCUCCAAAGCGAGCAUGAAGCGGCGCUUUACCGUGGGUAACUCGAUGCCGCCCACUCCAAUUGAAGCUCCGCGGUCGUAA